CGACUAACGUGCCUCCCCUGUGGACCACAGGCAGGCGGCGCCAUCCGGAUGCAGAGCACAGGAUGCUUCUUACGCAUUGAUGCAGACUUGUGAGAGAGGCUCCGGCUUUGGCACACUUUAGAGGAGGCGACAUUGUGGACGCACGGAAGUUGACGGAAGGAUACAGGAUGAUCUUAGGAGGUUUAAAUGGAGUGGGGCCGGCGCUCCCUGCCUUCCUCAGGACUCCAGCCGUCAUCCCCCCGUGCCCCCUGGACUUGAAGCCCUUCCUACCGCUGCCCCUGGAGUCGCCACACCCUGCAGCUCUGGGCCUCUUCCGCAACUUUAAUACAAUGGACCCCGUGCAGAAGGCGGUGAUGACGCACACCUUCGGCCCCCCUGUGGUGAGGACAAAGCGGCCCAUCAUCUCCUGCAAUGUCUGCCAAAUCCGCUUCAACUCAGAGAGUCAGGCAGAGGCGCACUACAAGGGGAACCGCCACGCUCGCAGAGUGAAGGGCAUCGAGACGUCCAAGACACCUCGCCACCAAGAUGGCGACAAGCAGCGCCCGCCCCCAACAACUUCCCCCUCCCUGUCAGGACCGUCACCUUCCAGUCUGGAUACUGAUCCUAGUAAGCCAGAUGACACCCAAUCCUGUCCCAGCUCCGGGUCCCCUUUGGCUUUGAGCCACUUAUCCACAUCCACUGUCGGCUCAGCAGACGCAGAGUGUCCUUUCUCGGAGUCUGCGGGCACACCUUUGCCGUCCUCCCCCACCCUCAGCACACCACCUGCAGACUCGGCAGGGGCCGCCCUCUCUGACGCCCCAUCCCCGGCACCCAGCCCCUCCUCUGGAGAGUCAGAAGAGGAGAAAGCUAAAAAGCUUCUCUACUGCUCCUUGUGCAAAGUGGUGGUUAAUUCCCUCUCACAGCUGGAGGCACAUAACAAAGGUACAAAACACAAAACAAUUCUGGAGGCGCGAAGUGGACUAGGGCCUAUCAAAGCUUACCCACGACUUGGUCUGAAAGGCAGUUCCGAGCAGGGAGGGGCUCUGUCUUCGGACCCCAACACUCAGGAACGAACCUUCCACUGUGAGAUCUGCAAUGUCAGAGUCACCUCCGAGCUGCAGCUUAAACAGCAUAUAUCCAGCAGGAGGCAUCGAGAUGGAGUUGCAGGGAAACCAAAUCCCCUGCUCAAUCGCAACAAGAAGCGUGCAGAUUUCAUGGAACUUCCAAAAACUCUAGGGGCGGGACUUUUACCAAAUCCUCUGGCUGUGGCAGCAGUCAUGGCCGCCGCGGCGUCCUCCAACCGGCUGGCACUACGAGCUCCCGGCCCGGCAAGCCACCAUCACCCCCAUCACCACCUCUUACAGGGGGCACCCCUCAGCCUGCUGAGGCCCGCCCCGGGGCCAAUUCGUACUGCGCACGGGCCCAUUCUCUUUGCCCCGUACUGACGGCGGGAGGAUGAGGAGGGGUCGGGAAGAAGCACACUGUGAAGGAGCGAGCCAAAGCCACUUUGUGUUCCAUUUAGAGUCGUGUAUAGAGAGAGUACGGCCAACUGGGUUCCGGAUUUGGUGCCGACAUGGCACCCAGUAGUCACGUGGGUGGCUUUUGACCAAUCAGUGAGAGUAUGGCCAGACAAUCUCUUAAAUGAGGCCUGGGCAAUUAUUUUGACUCCGGGGGCCACAUUUAGAGCACAAAAUGUGUCUGGGGGCCGGUAUAUCUAUUUUUAGGAACACUAAUACAAACCCUCACAAUAAUGUCUGACUGAAUGCUAAAAACGUCAUGACAGACCGCCUUAAAAAAUGUAAUGGAAUUUUACAUUUUUCUACGAAGGAUAAAAUACUGAAUAUUGACAAAAUAUGAACGUCACCCCCCCUUUCCAUCCACAUAUUUUACAAUCAAGUGAAACGCAACAAAAAUGCAACAAACAGUGAAAUAUGAACGCGAAGGGUACAAAAUAAUAAUAAUAAUAAUAAUGGAUUAGAUUUUAUAUCGCGCUUUUCUAUUGUUAGAUACUCAAAGCGCUCACAGAGAAGUGGGAACCCAUCAUUCAUUCACACCUGGUGGUGGUAAGCUACAUUUGUAGCCACAGCUGCCCUGGGGUAGACUGACGGAAGCGAGGCUGCCAGUUUGCGCCUACGGCCCCUCCGACCACCACCUAUCAUUCAUUCAUCAUUCAUUCACCGGUGUGAGCGGCACCGGGGGCAAGGGUGAAGUGUCCUGCCCAAGGACACAACGGCAGCGAUUUGGAUGUCAAGAGGCGGGGAGCGAACCUGCAACCCUCAGGUUUCUGGCAUGGCUGCUCUACCCACUACGCCAUACCGCCCCAUAAAUAAAAUAAACACACCUACAAUCUGAUAUAUCUGAUACAUCACUAUGCUUUAGAACAGGGGUCCCCAAACUACGGUCCGCGGGCCGGAUCCGGCCCCCCAGCAUCCAAAAUCCGGCCCACAGGAAGUCCCAAGUUUAAAAAAAAAAAAAAAAAAAUUUUUUUGGAAAUCUUUCCUUUCCAAUCCAUUUUUUACCGCUUGUUACUCUUGGUGUCUUCUAGUCGCUCAGGCAAAUCAUAUUGUCUAAAAAUUAAUUUUCCCAUCGAUAACGUGACAAUGUUAAAUGUUGAUGAACAUCAAUGUUAAUUGAUGUUCAAUGACAAAACGGAUUAUAAAGACAAUGUAUAUAUGUGUAUAUAUACACACACACACACAGCCUGGCCCCCGGCCAAAUUUUUUUAACCCAAUGCGGCCCCCGAGUCAAAAAGUUUGGGGACCCCCGCUUUAGAACUUUGUUGUGAAAAUCUCCUUCCGCGUCUGUGGAAACGCUUCCCGCCCAACACUGCUUGGUGCCUCGUCUGAGCUGCUGUGACGUAGAUGACCAUAGUAACUAAUUAGAUGACCAUAGUAACUAAUUAGAUGAUCAUAGUAACUAAUUAGAUAACCAUAGUAACUAAUUAGAUGACCAUAGUAACUAAUUAGAAGACCAUAGUAACUAAUUAGAUGACCAUACAAACUAAUUAGAUGAUCAUAGUAACUAAUUAGAUAACCAUAGUAACUGGUAUAUCAUGCAAAAGUGCAGAUUCCAAGCAUUGAAAGACUUAGUAUAGUUGAAGACUUCCGGUCAUUAUAAAACAUGACUGCACAUCAUAAUGGCAGCUACACUUUACAUCUUAAAUAUCUAAAAAAAAUAUUUGGGAAUGUCCGGCGGGCCAGAUUGAAAAGCUUAACGGGCCGCAUGUGGCCCCCGGGCCUGAAUUUGCCCAGGUCUGUCUUAAAUGAUUGGUCGAAAGCCCGUCAUGUGACUACAGAGCACCAUGUUUGGGACCCACUCUGGAACCAUGUUGGUCAUACUCCUAUAGACGGCUCUGGUUCCAUUUUGGUGAGACUGACACCUGCUGGUGCAAACUGUAGUUGCAGACGGCUGCUAUGUUAACAGGGAGACUUGUUGAGAUUUUUUUAAAGAGACAUUUUCAUCCUGCAACCUAAAAGAUCCACUAACUACCCGUAGUAGGAGCAGCAAAGAUGAGAAAGUGGGACUUUCAAACAAACUUCUAUUAAGCAUGGACUUAACCGCUGCACCUCGUAAAAAUCUGAACCUUCUCCGCACCCAAAGCAUCGGUACCAGAAGGGAAAAAAAGAAGCAGCCCCCGAGCUUCUAGUAUAUUGUGGUCUCCUCUGAUGUUAGCUGUUAGCAAUCACUGUGUAAGGAGUCCCCACUUUGUGUGGUUCUUUGAAUUUGUGUUGCUGCUGCAGUUUCCUGCAACAUUUCUUUGUACUGUAUGUCUAUAGAUCUUCCCAGCUGGCUUAGGGAGUCUGCAUUUACCUCUACAGGACACAGACCGAGGUUAAGCGAGGAACAGAGCAUACAUUACGUCUUAAAGAUAUUCAACUAAGAGCACCUUAACCACAUGAAGUAUAGUACGUGGGGAAGUACCUGAGUGAAGUACUAUGCAGCUAGCAGUGUUUAAUAUUUGUGGUCUGUCUAGAACGGGAAGGCGGCGGAGGAAAAGAACAUCAGGAAACUACGUUUGUGUCUUCAGGUUAUGGUGUAGCUAUCAUUCGGCAGAUAACAACCCACAUUUGAUCACACAGAGCAGUGACAUGCUGUGAGGUUCAUAGUUGGUGAGGCAUUGACUUCCUUUGCAGUUUUCAUAUGGCGCGCUAGUAAUUCAGGUACAAACCCAAGAGGCACAAGACAUCGAAACAACGUUGAGAACUUGUUGAAUUAGAUCCUGACGUUGAGCAACUCAAAAUUAAUGUUGGAACAAUCAAUCAACGUCGGGUUCUGACGUUGAUUUGACCAUUGAAAUCUGGUCAUUUUCCAGCCAACAACGUGGAUCCAACGUUAGGCAUCAACGUUGUCUCAAUUGACCGUAUUUUCCGGAGUAAAGUCACUCUGGAGUAUAAUUUAAAGGACACGCAUGUAUAAUCAACGUUGUAUCAAUGUCUUGUGCCUGCUGGGAUGUUGUUUCCGAAUAUUUCUCAAUCAAAUUUUUUGGCGGUUCAUUUGCGUCUUUAUCGCCAAAGCUUUUUUUCGACACUGAACUUAUGUAACUGAAUGUUUGGUUUUUGAAUGACAGUUUCAAUGCGUACGUUUAAAAAUGACGUUUCAGAAAUCUAGUUUCUGAAAAUUCAAUACACAUACACUAGCGUUCAAAAGUUUGGGGUCACAUGUAAAUGUCCUUAUUUUUGAAGGAAAAGCACUGUACUUUUCAAUGAAGAUAACUUUAAACUAGUCUUAACUUUACAGAAAUACACUCUAUACAUUGCUAAUGUGCUAAAUGACUAUUCUAGCUGAAAAUGUCUGCUUUUUGGUGCAAUAUCUACAUAGGUGUAUAGAGGCCCAUUUGCAGCAACUAUCACUCCAGUGUUCUAAUGGUACAAUGUGUUUGCUCAUUGGCUCAGAAGGCUAAUUGAUGAUUAGAAAACCCUUGUGCAAUCAUGUUCACACAUCUGAAAACACUUUAGCUCGUUACAGAAGCUACAAAACUGACCUUCCUUUGAGCAGAUUGACUUUCUGGAGCAUCACAUUUGUGGGCUCAAUUAAACGCUCAAAAUGGCCAGAAAAAGAGAACUUUCAUCUGAAACUCCACAGUCUAUUCUUGUUCUUAGAAAUGAAGGCUCGAACACUAAAUUGUUUGGGUGACCCCAAACUUUUGAACGGUAGUAUAUGUUUAGUGCAAAAACUAAAUCAGUUCAGAAAAAUGUGUUGCUUCUUAAAUCAAGAAGCAAAUUAAGACAGAAGCAAUAAGAUCGUGUCUCAGAACCAGCCAACGAGGUGUCGAGUUGGCAGUCUCAUCUUCUCAUGAACUUGCAAAACAGCUGCAAGGAGUCAGUUUAUGCAGCGCUACUCUCGCACUACAGCCCGUUAAACGUUUCAAUCAGGCCCGUCAGACGUUUCCAAAAUGUUUUUAAACUUGUAACACUGAAAUUUAAGGAUGCGUCGCACCGUUUUAAAAUUACUGUAAGUCUUGAACAAUAGAAAUAUUCUAAAUGGUUGGCAUCUAUUUUCAUCUGGAGCCUAAUAUGACAUGAAGAGAACAUGAUGAAUACCGAAUUUUUCGGAGUAUAAGUCGCACUGGAGUAUAAGUCGCAUUUUUUGGGGAAAUGUAUUUGCUAAAAGCCAACAGCAAGAAUAGACAUUUGAAAGGCAAUUUAAAAUGUGUAAAGAAUAGUGAACAACAGGCUGAAUAAGUGUACGUUAUAUGAGGCAUAAAUAACCAACUGGUAUGUUAACGUAACAUAUUAUGGUAAGAGUCAUUCAAAUAACUAUAACAUAUAGAACAUGCUAUACGUUUACCAAACAAUCUGUCACUCCUAAUCGCUAAAUCCCAUGAAAUCUUAUACGUCUAGUCUCUUACGUCAAUGACAUCAAUAAUAUUAUUUCAUAUUUUACGCUAAUGUGUUCAUCAUUUCACACAUAUGUCGCUCCUGAGUAUAAGUCGCACCCCCGGCCAAACUAUGAAAAAAACUGCGACUUAUAGUCGGAAAAAAGGGUACUGUAAGUCUUGAACAAUGGAAAUAUUCUAAAUCUAUUUUAAUCUGGAGCCUAAUAUGACACGAAGAGAGCAUGAUCAAUACUUUUAUGUAUUUAGGGAAAGUCAAUUCAAAAUGUGCUUUUGUCAAUUUAUGAUCAUGAUUUAUGUGCUGGGCCUGAUGGCCCACCACUGGGGACUAAUAUAAAUUCAAAAAGUUUUGGUAAUUAAGACAUAAAGUAACCUUCAUAAAUGUAUGUUUUUCUUUUAAAAAGUGUGUGAAACCAAGUCCAUGUGCAUAUCCUUCUCCAGGAUAAGCUUUGUUUAAAAAGUUCUGUUUUUUAAUUUUAUUUUUUGAAUUGUACUUAAAGUCUUUCAGCCACUGAUGGUAGCGACAAAGCCAUAACUCAGCGCCUUGCCGUAUUAUAUUCUUAUGGAGUUUAUGGUCUUAAUAAUAAGAAUAAUGACUUCACACUUACAUUAAAGAUUACAGACUGUCGAAAGACAAAGGGCCUGAUCUACUUAAGGUUUGCGUGUACUAAAAGACGUGCAAACUUGAUAGCACACGCAAAGCUGAUCUACUAAACCUGUGAGCAGAGCAUUGCGUUUCUUUAGCGAGCACAAUAAGCAGCGCAAUCCAUUUUAGUGUGUGUGUGUCUUCAUGAAUAUGCAGGAUCAUCGAAACACACACAAUACUGGGAGGAGAGAAUUCAAAUUAUUUAGCACUAGCAAUGUGACCUGUCAAGGUUGAAACUGUUCUGUGGCCGCCGUUUUAGAAAGGACCAGCGAACCGUCCGUUGCACAGAAAUGGCUGCGAGAAAGGAGGCGAUAGCUGCAGCUCCGUCCUAUGUAUGCUUGUCAACAUGUAUGGACUGUCAAAAAUAAGAAUAUUGGACAUAUUGUCUAUUCAGCAAUAUCAUUUUAUAUUUGUUUUAGCUGCGAGAUGACUUAGGGGCUAAUGAAAACAAAUUAAUUGAAUGUGUUUGUCAUUUCUGUAAUAUUUUUUUUCAUAUAGACCAGUGGUUCUUAACCUGGGUUGGAUGGAACACUAGGGGUUGGGUGAGUCGGGCUCAGGGGUUCGGCGGAGGUCGAGACACACCCGACUCAUCGUGUAAAUACAAACUUCUCCCUAUCGGCGUAUUACGGAUACGACAACAGCAGAAGUCACACUGAUUUGCAGGUGUGUCAUUUGUUGUGAGUUUAUGUUGGUUGUGUUGUUUGAACAAGGUGAUGUUCAUGCACGCUUCAUCAAGUGCACCACUAAUAAAACAUGCUAACACUUUAGUAUGGGGAACAUUAAUUAGUUGCUUAUUAACAUGCAAAUUAGUAACAUAUUGGCUCUUAACUAGUCAUUAUUAAGUACUUAUUAAUGCCUUAUUUGGCAUGGCCUUAUUAUAACCCUAACCCUCUAACCCUGGCCCUAACCAAAUAACUCUAACCCUGACCAAAUAACUCUAAAUUAAGUCUUUAUUACUUAGAAUACGUUCCCAGAGUGUCCAAAUAACUCUAAAUUAAGUCUUUAUUACUUAGAAUAUGUUCCCCUCGUGUCCAAAUAACUGUAAAUUAAGUCUUUGUGACUUAGAAUAUGUUCCCCUAGUGUCCAAAUAACUCUAAAUGAAGUCUUUGUUACUUAGAAUAUGUUCCCCUAGUGUCCAAAUAACUCUAAAUGAAGUCUUUGUUACUUAGAAUAUGUUCCCCUAGUGUCCAAAUAACUCUAAAUUAAGUCUUUGUUACUUAGAAUAUGUUCCCCUAGUGUCCAAAUAACUCUAAAUUAAGUCUUUAUUACUUAGAAUAUGUUCCCCUAGUGUCCAAAUAACUCUAAAUUAAGUCUUUGUUACUUAGAAUAUGUUCCCCACACUAAAGUGUUACCAAAAACAUAUAACUUUGUCUUGAAUGUGAAAAAAAAACAACUUUAAUUUACACUAAAGAAGGGUUCGAUGAAUGCGCAUAUGAAACUGGUGGGGUUCGGUACCUCCAACAAGGUUAAGAACCACUGAUAUAGAAGAUAUAUUAUUAACAUAUAUCAUAUAGAAAAAAAAUAUUCUCGCAAUAUGCAUUUUCUCACAGUUAUUACCAGCAUAAAGUGCUAAAAACCGGAUUCUGUUGUCGAUCGCACUGCAGGACUGCUUCUAAAAUGGCCAUAAAAUAUGCCAUGAUAACAUGAAUGUGCAGUAAAUGAGUGUUUCCAUGGUGUAAACUGCAUAGCACAAACAAAAACCUCAUUUAAAUAGGGCGGUCUGCAAUUAGUAUCAAAUGUACACAAAAUCUUGGUAGAUGGCAAGCAACACGCCCACUAAUAGUACACAAUUUUGUACUUUGUACACACUGUUUAGCGCAUGUUACUUCUAUCUUAGUAGAUCAGGCCAUGGUGUGUAGUAAAUGUUUCUUUAAAUUUGCUAAAAAUGAACACAAAAGGGCACGUUAGAAAAGAUGAAGCAUUUGAAGCCCUGAACUUGAUCAGUAAAUGUGCAAAGUCAGUAUUUUUUUUAACUAAUGGACAAUGUUUUAAGUAUGGAGCCCCUAAAGGGACAUGGGGGAAUUUUUAUUUUUUAU